AGAGAGGGUUGACGGAUGUGGCGAGCGGCCAGUGUGAGCCCGGAGUAGGCUGUGCGCUGGCCUGGAAGCGCUAGACCUGUGAGGUGUGCGGGUGGCUGUUGGAGUGAGGCUUUUGGUCGACAUGGCUCCCAACGUGUUGGCUUCCGAACCCGAGUAUCCUAAGGGCAUCCGGGCCGUGUUGCUGGGGCCGCCCGGGGCUGGCAAGGGGACGCAGGCACCCAAAUUGGCUGAAAACUUCUGUGUCUGUCAUUUGGCCACCGGGGACAUGCUGAGAGCCAUGGUAGCUUCUGGCUCAGAGCUAGGAAAAAAGCUGAAGGCGACAAUGGAUGCCGGGAAACUGGUGAGUGAUGAGAUGGUUGUGGAGCUCAUUGAGAAGAAUUUGGAGACUCCUUCAUGCAAAAAUGGCUUUCUUCUAGACGGCUUUCCUCGGACUGUGAGGCAGGCUGAAAUGCUUGAUGACCUCAUGGAGAAAAGGAAAGAGAGGCUCGAUUCAGUCAUUGAGUUCAGCAUCCAAGACUCGCUACUGAUCCGGAGAAUCACUGGGAGGCUGAUUCACCCCAAGAGCGGCCGGUCCUACCAUGAGGAGUUCAACCCUCCAAAGGAGCCCAUGAAAGAUGAUAUCACUGGGGAGCCCCUGAUCCGUAGGUCAGAUGACAACGAGAAAGCCUUGAAGACCCGUCUGGAGGCCUACCACACUCAGACCACUCCGCUAGUGGAGUACUACAGGAAACGCGGCAUUCACUGCGCCAUCGAUGCGUCCCAGACCCCUGACAUCGUGUUUGCAAGCAUCCUGGCAGCCUUCUCCAAAGCCACAUCCUAGUAACAGAAGGCCAGGCGAGACUGCGCCCCUGCUCAUCUCCCCGCCGUGGGAUCCCUGCUCUUAGGUGCUGGGCAGACGGAAGAGGGUGGUCAUGGGAAGGAAAGAUGGAUGGAUGGUGAGGGAGGUGGGAAGGGGCUCGAGAGGAGAUUUGGAACAGUGGCAGUGUUAUAAUUAGUAAGAUUUUUUUCUUUUACACAUAGAUGAGAAUUUUUAAAGUAUAAGCAAGGGAAAAGAUUAAUUUUUAAAAAAAACUGUGAUUGGAGUGCAUUGGUGCAAAUAAGGAGACAUGGUAUUAUUUGUAAGCAAUCAGCCUCUCCUUUUCUCUGGACCACAAAGCUAAUGCUCUCUCAGAGACCUCAGCUUCUACAUAAGAACCUCAUGGAUUGCCAAGCCAAGAGCGCAGCAGUCAGACUGCGCCUGUGGAUCCCGUGCAGAGGACAGGGCUGUUGACGGCCGGUGGCUCCCCAGUUUAUAAAGUGAUGGAAGAGACAGGGGUGUGAGGUGACGGGGUGUGAGGUGACGGGUGCUGUUCAGCAGAUCAUUUUUACUGGAAUUGUGGGGAGCAAGGGGAAACAGAUGCCACACUUAACGACUUCAGAGUUGCUUGCUCUAGUGACAAAGCCUUCAGCCACCCAGCACUCACUAGUCUUCAAACCUUGCCUUCGUUCAUCCACGGGACCCUUUUAGAUAACUGAACAAGGCCUAGGAGUGUAGCUCAGUGGCGUGUGUGUGCCUGGCUCUGUAAAGCUCUGACUUCAGUCUUCUACAGGGAAGGGUUGGGAAAAAAGCUAAAAUGUCUUAAGCUAAGUCAUCCAAAGAUUGUCCUUCUCACCCUCAAAUCCUGGUACUGGGAUUGCCCGACAACACUGUGAUGUAUUUUUCAAUGAGGUGCCUUUCAUAACUGACCAAAUGCUGCCAUGUUUGGCCCCUGAGUCAAUAAAAUAUGUUGAAAAUUUGUA